AUGGUGAAACUACUUAAUAACCCAACCCAACGGUCCUGUCUUCGGAGCAAUGCCCUCACCUUUUUUGACAGUGCCAGCUUCCUCAACUUUGCGUCGCGGCGCCAGGGGCCUCUCCGUCUCGGCGCCAGGGGCCUCUCCGUCUCGGCGCCAGGGGCCUCUCCGUCGCGGCGCCAGGGGCCUCUCCGUCUCGGUGCCAGGGGCCUCUCCGUCUCGGCGCCAGGGGCCUCUCUGUCGCGGCGCCAGGGGCCUCUCCGUCUCGGUGCCAGGGGCCUCUCCGUCUUUGCGCCAGGGGCCUCUCCGUCUUUGCGGCAGGGGCCUCUCCGUCGCGGCGCCAGGGGCCUCUCCGUCGCGGCGCCAGGGGCCUCUCCGUCGCGGCGCCAGGGGCCUCUCCGUCGCGGCGCCAGGGGCCUCUCCGUCGCGGCGCCAGGGGCCUCUCCGUCGCGGCGCCAGGGGCCUCUCCGUCGCGGCGCCAGGGGCCUCUCCGUCGCGGCGCCAGGGGCCUCUCCGUCGCGGCGCCAGGGGCCUCUCCGUCGCGGCGCCAGGGGCCUCUCCGUCGCGGCGCCAGGGGCCUCUCCGUCGCGGCGCCAGGGGCCUCUCCGUCGCGGCGCCAGGGGCCUCUCCGUCGCGGCGCCAGGGGCCUCUCCGUCGCGGCGCCAGGGGCCUCUCCGUCGCGGCGCCAGGGGCCUCUCCGUCUCGGUGCCAGGGGCCUCUCCGUCUCGGUGCCAGGGGCCUCUCCGUCUCGGUGCCAGGGGCCUCUCCGUCUCGGUGCCAGGGGCCUCCCCGUCUCGACGCCAGUGGCCUCCCCGUCGCGGCGCCAGGGGCCUCCCCGUCGCGGCGCCAGUGGCCUCCCCGUCGCGGCGCCAGGGGCCUCCCCGUCGCGGCGCCAAUGGCCUCUCCGUCGCGGCGCCAGUGGCCUCCCCGUCGCGGCGCCAGUGGCCUCCCCGACGCGGCGCCAGUGGCCUCCCCGUCGCGGCGCCAGUGGCCUCCCCGUCUCGGCGCCAGGGGGCUCUCCGUCUCGGCGCCAGUGGCCUCCCCGUCUCGGCGCCAGUGGCCUCCCCGUCUCGACGCCAGUGGCCUCCCCGUCUCGACGCCAGUGGCCUCCCCGUCUCGACGCCAAUGGCCUCUCCGUCGCGGCGCCAGGGGCCUCCCCGUCGCGGCGCCAGUGGCCUCUCCGUCGCGGCGCCAGUAGCCUCCCGUCGCGGCGCCAGUAGCCUCCCCGUCGCGGCGCCAGUGGCCUCCCCGUCUCGGCGCCAGUGGCCUCCCCGUCUCGGCGCCAGUGGCCUCCCCGUCUCGGCGCCAGUGGCUUCCCCGUCGCGGCGCCAGUGGCCUCUCCGUCGCGGCGCCAGUAGCCUCCCCGUCGCGGCGCCAGUGGCCUCCCCGUCGCGGCGCCAGUGGCCUCCCCGUCUCGACGCCAGUGGCCUCCCCGUCUCGGCGCCAGGGGGCUCUCCGUCGCGGCGCCAGUGGCCUCCCCGUCUCGGCGCCAAGGGCUUCUCCGUCGCGGCGCCAGGGGGCUAUCCGUCGCGGCGCCAGGGGCCUCCCCGUCGCGGCGCCAGGGGCCUCCCCGUUUCGGCGCCAGGGGCUUCUCCGUCGCGGCGCCAGGGGCCUCUCCGUCUCGGCGCCAGGGGCCUCUCCGUCUCGGCGCCAGGGGCCUCUCCGUCGCGGCGCUAG